UAUAGAGAGAGAUGUAGGUUGAUUAUACAGCCACUAUCAUGGCAAUUUUGGGGUGAGAGUGCAUCGACCCAGCUUGUCAGUUGGUCAUCUCUAAGCCGGCUAAAAGUGUUGCAGUAUCAUGUUUCUUGUGGGACUUCAAAGAAGCAGGUUAUCAUUGAAGAAAAUGCCACAAUUGAUGACUUGAGGGUGAAGAUUGCCUCCAAAUUUAACAUGAGGAGACCCGACAGCCUGCAGGUCUUCAAUAAAGACUUUGGUGACUGGCUGGACCUGGAAGAAGAGGAUGAACUUCCUCCAACAAUGUCAAGGGUGAAGGUUUUGGAUGACCCAAACGAGGACACAGAAGACAAAGCGAGUUCUGAUAUCCAUGAAGACAGGGAGGUCCCAUCAAGACAGACUUCAGUCGCUUCCACAUGUCCUCAGACGCUGACAUCUGAAGGAGCAAGGAGCAGCUUUUUUGUAAAUUUUAAAGUGCCUGAAAUGCCCCACGAUGUGCAAAAACUCUUAAAUGACAACAACAAGGCUGUUCUGGAAAGGAAGUGGAGGAGAAAAAUUGUGUCGCAUCUGUAUGACAACAUGGUUCAAGUGGCAGUGUACCCUCAUUCAUGGGAGUACAAUGCUGUGUGCAGUGCACUGAUUAACAAGCACCCGAUUUUGAAGGAUCGAACCAUAAAUGGUUCGGGAUAUGAUACAAUAAAAGAGUCGCUGAGGACAAAGUUUAAACACGAGAGAGGGAUUCGAACACCAUCAACUGAUGUAGCCAGGAGGAGGGAGUUGUAUGGCCGCAAUGGCCCCAGAAAGCGUGCUGAGGACAACGUGGAAAAGGCCCCAUCUCCUGUUAAAAGGAAGAAGCGGGAUAGCAUUGAGACCUCACAUGGGGGAGAAGACGAAGCCAGCAUCCAAAGACACAUCGCGUCAUUAAAAGAUCUGGCAUCCAAGAGGGGCGCAGACCCGUCAAUUAUUCAGGACAAAAUGAAGCGGACGCGAAGUCAUAGACUUUGUUUUAUUCAAGCCAAUGCUUUGCAGGAUGUUCUGAAUGAAUAUCCGAUACUGAGGUUUGAAAAACAGCUAAUACGUGAGCUUCAAAAUACGUAUGGGGCAAAGGAAAUAGCAGCCGCUAUUGCCGAAUCGGUUACAGCUAGUGGAGAAGUGAUUCUCCGAGAAGGAUUGAAGGUGCCAGCAGCACAAGAAGUGAUCGAGCAAUAUCAGGACAAAGUUGAUGGUGCGACUACAGACAAGCAGAAGAAAGAUUUACUGGUGGCAUUGUCAUGCUUGCUGUUUCCUUUGAUAUUUGGGGAAAAGGACUCCAUGUACACUAUAAACAAGGAACCCCAGAGCCCUACUCCUACCCUAGUGAUAUCAGGGAACCCCUUUGAAUGUCGUGAUUUAGCCAUAUUCAUGGACGGGAUAGAAGUUUGUCGAGCAUCAGAUCUCACAUCCGGGUUUGUUGCAACAUUCUCAAGUUUUUAUGUGUUUGGGGUCCAGUACCCACAACGUGGAAAGAGGACCCUACAGCUAUACCAGAAAUUUUUUGCAGGACUGGAUGAUGGAAGUCCCCUACCACCCAGAGUCCAGCGAUUUCUUAACAGCCUUGUUUAGACUGAUUUAUUUCUGGUUGGAAAUUCCGCCGUAAAUUUCUAUUAUUUUGCCCUAAAAUUAAAGACUGUUCUGUGUACAUGAGAAGAUUUACACUCUCUUGCUACAUUUGCUGAGAUGAGGCAAAGUUUUGUAUCAACUCAAACAUUUUAAUUUAUUACGAUUGCUUCAUUUAUUUUAUGUGCUGAAAUGAGGCCAAGUUUUGUUUCCUGUAUCAACAUGAUCAACUCAAACUUUUUUUAUUACACCUGCUUCAUUUAUUUUAUGUGCUGCAAUGAGGCAAAGUUUUGUAUCAACUCAAACAUUUAAAUUUAUUACACCUGCUUAAUUUAUUUUAUGUGCUGCAAUGAGGCAAAGUUUUGUAUCAACUCAAACAUUUUAAUUUAUUACACUUGCUACAUUAAUGUGCUGAAAUGAGGCAAAGUUUUGUAUCAACUCAAACAUUUUAAUUUAUUACACUUGCUACAUUAAUGUGCUGAAAUGAGGUCAAGUUUUGUUUUAAAGGGGUACUAGCCCCUGACAUUAUCGUGCUCUCAUUGAAUAAAGAAAAAUCAGAUGAACAAACUGUAAAAAUUUGAUAAAAAUCAGACAACUCGCUCAAAAGUUAUGAAUUUUCAAAGUCACCGAGAUUUGACGAUCACUGCCGCUCAUGGGGAUCAGUGCGAUCGGCAAAACCGACGGAAUCUGUGACGUCAUGUCGGACAACUCCUCAUUCACUUUGUACAUAGAAUAUUUAAAAAUUGAUCAAUGUCAAAUUUAGAGUGAGGUUGCAGCAUGAAUCUUUUCAAAAUACAAGCAAAAACAAUAUAGAAAUGCUAUACCGCAACCAAAAAAUGGUAUUUUGUUGACUUUUCCGAGAAAAAGGAGAAAAUGUGAAGUUUGGUGUACAGAGUGAAUGAGGAGUUGUCCGACGUGACGUCACAGAUUCCGUCGAAUUUGCCGAUCGCACGGAUGCCCAUGAGCGGCAGUGAUCGUCAAAUCUCUGUGACUUUGAAAAUUCAUAACCUUUGAACGGGUUGUCCGAUUUUGCCCAAAUUUUCAGUUUGUUCAUCUGGAUUUUCUUCAUAUCCUGAGGUGAGGAUAAUUCCAGGGGUUGGUUUCCCUUUAAUUUAUUACAUUUGCUACAUUUAUUUCAUGUUUUGUGUGCUGAAAUGAGGCUAAGUUUUGUUUCCUACAUCAACUCAAACGUUUUAAUUUAUUGUAUGUGCUGAAAUGAGGCCAAGUUUUGUUUCCUCUAUCAACUCAAACAUUUUAAUUUAUUACGAUUGCUUCAUUUAUUUUAUGUGCUGAAAUGAGGCCAAGUUUUGUUUCCUGUAUCAACUCAAACAUUUUAAUUUAUUACACCUCCUUCAUUUAUUUUAUGUGCUGCAAUGAGGCAAAGUUUUUUAUCAACUCAAACAUUUUAAUUCUUUACGAUUGAUUCAUUUAUUUUAUGUGCUGAAAUGAGGCCAAGUUUUGUUUCCUGUAUCAACUCAAACAUUUUAAUUUAUUACACCUCCUUCAUUUAUUUUAUGUGCUGCAAUGAGGCAAAGUUUUUUAUCAACUCAAACAUUUUAAUUUUUUACGAUUGAUUCAUUUAUUUUAUGUGCUGAAAUGAAGUCAAGUUUUUUAUCCUAUAUCAACUCAAAAGUAUUAAUUUGUUACAUUUGCUACAUUUUAAUGUGCUGAAACAAGGCAACGUUUUGUUGCAAACGUCAAUAUAACUAUUUAGUGGGUUCUUAAAAUCGUUACAAUAUGAGUUUCUGGUCACAUGGUCAAGGUCAAAGGUUACCAGAGGUCAUCAAACUUUGGUAUGUCAAGCCAAAAACAUCAAAAACUUAACUUGGAGGUUAUAUUUUAGAAAUGUCAACGUAGGUUUAAAAUUUUUUUGUCUCUUUCCAUGAAACUUUGUAAUUAGGGUCAUUAAGCAUCACCAAUCGUUCCGUAUGCAUUAGUAGUGUGGGUGGAGUCAUUGUUGCCAUGGUAACCAUGGUUAUAUUGAAAAAAAAUUAAAAUUGUCUAGUAAGCAUUCUACAGACCAAAAUUUUCAUCCAAUCUUAUUCAAAUUUGGUGUGGACGUGUAUUAUGGCAAGUGGAAGUAAGCUGUCGAUUCUUGGAUAUGGGCAGGGUCAUUGUUGCCAUGGUAACAAUUUUUAUAAAGAAAUAAUGAAGAUUUCAGGGUGAGCACUCUACAGGCCAGAUGUUUCAUCUGCUCAUAUUCUAAUUUGGUGUUGAUGUGUAAUAUUAAGAAGCCUAUUGAAUUAGGGUGUGGGCAUAAUCAUUAUUGCCAUGGUAAUCAUGGUUUUUCAGAUUUCUUUUAGUCAUUGUUUUUGUCCAGUCACAUUCAAAUUUGGUGUUGGGACUGUAUUAUGGUAGGAGUAUCAUGUGAUAUUUCCUGAUUUCUUUGUAAAAGUGCUGCUGCCUGAAGCAGGCAAAACCACCAGAGGCACUCCACUUGUUUUUUCUUAGAUUGUACUUUUUAAUAUAAACUUUUGUCCAUAUAUUUCCUCCAAAAACAGAUACCAAAACUUUUAAGAUACCGAUGCGAUUAUUUUGUACCUUUUCAAUGAAUGAGAAAAUAUUUCUUUCUCAUCAUUUCUCGCAAUAGGUGACACUUGGUUCAGCUGGUUUGUUAUUUACAUCACAAUGUAUAAGCUUAUAGAUAUUCCACACGUCAGAUUGCCUUGUAUGUCCACAAAGAGUGUGAGGCUACAUCCUUUUUGCUUUACAUAAUUAUUAUUGCUCGUCUGAAGGCAUGUUUACAGAUUUUGAUUAAGUCUGUGCCAAGAAAUGGUGUUUAAUAUGUAUGAUGUAUUAAAUGUGUUGAACUCCAAAUGUAUAUUCACUACUCUCCUUUCUAGUACAUGUACUGUAAUAGCUCCUCAUUGGCAUAUACAUAUACAUGUGUCACAAUUAGGACCUAUUGCAGCUCAUUUGAAAAUAUUAUUAUAACUAUUA